CGGCGCUGCUGUUUACUUCCUAUCUAAUAACAUGUCGAUGUUUUGAAGUUAUAAUCAUAAAGUUAUUCAUUGUUGUUUAAGUCUGCAUUACGUCUUAUUUGUAGUUAUUUAUGGAAAUCGUAUUGUGUAGUUACAAUAUAACGAAACGAGUUUGAUCAUUCUAGUGUUAUAUGUUUAAUAUCUUUUAUAUUAUAUAAAGAUCGUAUAUUCUUGGCAUUCGUUUGUUGACGUAUAUUUUGUAAAUUAAGUUGCAUAAGUUUAUAAUUAGAUAACAAUUAUUAUCAAAUCAGUGUAUUAAGGCAUCUGUUAACAUUCCACACAGUAGUUAUUAUUAAUAUUUAUUAAAAUGGGGAAACGACAGCAUCAGAAAGAUAAAAUGUACUUAACGUACACCGAAUGGACAACAUUAUACGGUGGAAAAAGAUCAGGUCCUUUAGAAUCUACCGAAGAUACUACUUUCAGACGUUUACCUUACGAUCAUUGCUGUUUGAGUUUAAAACCAUUCGAACAUCCUUAUUGCGAUGCACAGGGGCACAUCUUUGAAUUGGAACCACUUUUGGAAUACGUUAAAAGAUUUAAACAUAAUCCUGUGACAGGAAAAUCUUUAGAUCCUAAAACGUUAAUUAAAUUAAACUUCCACAAAAAUGCACAAGGACAAUAUCAUUGCCCGAUUCUUUUCAAACCGUUUACAAAACAUUCGCAUAUCGUUGCAAUUAAAACUACAGGAAAUGUAAUGUCGUGUGAGGCAGUAGAACAAUUAAACAUUAAAACACGCAAUUGGAAGGAUUUAAUAAACGAUGAGCCUUUUACAAGGAAGGAUAUAAUUACUAUUCAAGAUCCAAAUAAUGUGACAAAGUUUAAUUUAUCGACAUUUCAUCAUAUCAAAAAUAAUAUAAGAGUCGAAGACGAAGAUGCCAAAAAGGAAAGGUCCGAUCCAACCGCAAAACUUAAAACAGUGUCUAUGGAGACUAAAGAAAUAUUGGCAGAAUUAAAAAAAAAUUAUAAAGAACCAGAAGCAAAAGAAGAAAUUAGUAAACCACAAGCUGACAAAUUUAAUGCCGCUCAUUAUUCGACUGGUGCGGUAGCUGCGGGUUUUACAUCUACUGUAAUGCCAAGAGAAACGAAUCAUCAAGCUGCAGUAAUUGCCGAAGAUUUGGUUCGUUACGAACGGGUCAAGAAGAAAGGAUACGUUAGAUUACUCACAAACUUUGGUGCCUUGAACUUAGAACUUCAUUGUGAUAUCGUACCGAAAACAUGUGAAAAUUUUAUAAAACAUUGUCAAAAUAAUUAUUACAACGGUACCAAAUUUCAUAGAUCUAUACGAAACUUUAUGAUUCAAGGAGGAGAUCCAACAAACACCGGUAACGGUGGAACAUCUAUUUGGGGUAAAUGUUUUGAAGAUGAAUUUAAACCAAAUUUAAUUCAUCAAGGAAGAGGUAUUCUUUCGAUGGCAAAUUCUGGACCAAAUACUAAUGGAUCUCAAUUUUUCAUCACCUUUCGAUCGUGUCGACAUCUCGAUCGAAAGCAUACAGUAUUUGGUAAAAUCGUCGGAGGUUUAGAAACGUUAAACACAAUAGAAAAAAUUGAAGUAGAUAACAAAGACAGACCUAUCGAAGAUAUUGUAAUACAAGGAGUAUUAGUCUUUGUAGAUCCUUUCCAAGAAGCUGAGGAACAAUUACUUGCUGAAAGAGCAGCGGAAGCAGAAAAAUUAUCACAGGAAGCAAAUAAAAGUAAAAAUGCAGAUAAAAAAGAAGGAAAUGAUGUUCUCAAAAUUUAUCGUACUGGCGUAGGCAAAUAUUUGAAGAUAAACAAGGAUGAAAAAGCGAACAAGGAUGAAAUUUUGACGACGGAGCAACCCGUUAAAAAGAAAAAGGUCGUAGCAAAUUCGUUUGGAAAUUUUUCUUCUUGGUAGAAAUAAAAAAAUAUUAAAAA